GACGGCCGCGUGGAGCCCCGGGCGCACGCCGAGGAGCGGCUGCUGAAGGAGCUCUUCUCCGGCUACAACAAGUGGUCCCGGCCGGUGGCCAACACCUCGGAUGUGGUGCUCGUGCGCUUCGGCCUGUCCAUCGCGCAGCUCAUCGACGUGGACGAGAAGAACCAGAUGAUGACCACCAACGUGUGGGUGAAGCAGGAGUGGCAUGACUACAAGCUGCGCUGGGACCCCGCCCUCUACGAGAACGUGACCUCCGUGCGCAUCCCCUCGGAGCUCAUCUGGAGGCCGGACAUUGUGCUCUACAACAACGCCGACGGGGAUUUCGCGGUGACGCACCUGACCAAAGCUCACCUCUUCCACGACGGCCGCGUGCGGUGGACGCCGCCCGCCAUCUACAAGAGCUCCUGCAGCAUCGACGUCACCUUCUUCCCCUUCGACCAGCAGAACUGCACCAUGAAGUUCGGCUCCUGGACCUACGACAAGGCCAAGAUCGACCUGGUCAGCAUGCACAACCGCGUGGACCAGCUGGACUUCUGGGAGAGCGGCGAGUGGGUGAUCGUGGACGCCCGGGGCACCUAUAACACCCGCAAGUACGAGUGCUGCGCGGAGGUGUACCCCGACAUCACCUACGCCUUCAUCAUCCGGCGCCUGCCGCUCUUCUACACGGUCAACCUGCUGGUGCCCUGCCUGCUCAUCUCCUGCCUGACCGUGCUGGUCUUCUACCUGCCCUCCGACUGCGGCGAGAAGAUCACGCUCUGCAUCUCCGUGCUGCUCUCGCUCACCGUCUUCCUGCUGCUCAUCACCGAGAUCAUCCCGUCCACCUCGCUGGUCAUCCCGCUCGUCGGCGAGUACCUGCUCUUCACCAUGAUCUUCGUCACGCUGUCCAUCGUCAUCACGGUCUUCGUGCUCAACGUCCACCACCGCUCGCCGCGCGCGCACAGCAUGCCCGCCUGGGCGCGCCGGCUCUUCCUGGACCUGGUGCCGCGCCUGCUCUUCAUGAAGCGGCCGUCCGCGGUGAAGGGCAGCUGCCGCCAGCUCAUCGAGUCCCUGCACAAGACAGCGGACGCCCCGCGCCCCCGGCCCGCGCCCCACCGCCCCGCCCCGCCAGCGCCCUCAGGCCAGGCCCCCGUACCGCCCGAGACGGCCAGCCCGCCCCCCGCGCCGGGCCAUCCCCGCCGGCCCCCCAGCCCCCGGGCCCCCGGGCUCCCCAAGGCCCGGUCCCUGAGCGUCCAGCACAUGUCCAGCCCCAGGGCAGCGGAGGGCAGCGUCCGGUGCCGGUCCCGGAGCAUCCAGGACUGUUUUCCCCGAGAGGGCGCCACCCCGGAGGCCAGCGGCCUGGCAGCCAGCGCCCUCUCCCCGCUGAAGGCGCCCCCGGCCCAGCCCCCGGCCGCAGCCCCGUCAUCUCCCUGUAAAUGCAAGUGCAAGCAGGAGCCGGCCGCCACCCCAUGCCCCGGCCCCCCGGCCGGCAGCCCCCGGGCCCCGGCCCUGUCGCCCGCCCUGGUGCGGGCUGCGGAGGGCGUCCAGUACAUCGCCGACCACCUGAGGGCCGAAGACUCGGACUUCUCGGUGAAGGAGGACUGGAAGUACGUGGCCCUGGUCGUCGACCGCAUCUUCCUCUGGGUGUUCGUGCUGGUCUGCCUGCUGGGCACCGUCGGCCUCUUCCUGCCGCCCUGGCUGGCGGGCAUGAUCUAGCCCUGCGGCCAGCACGGGCAGCUCUCGGGGCGGCCGGCUCUCCCCGCACCCCUUCCUCCCGUGGUGUCACACGUUCACAUCGCCCCCAUUCUGUGUCCACCCUGGACGGCCUAGGAGGAGCCGCUGGGCCCCCGGCAGCCACAGGCUGUGCCUGUCGAGUCUGAUUAUCGCCCCCUUGAAUAUGUCCACCCAGAGGCCCCUGCCUGGGCACCCUCUGUCAGCCGGGGCCACUGCUGGCCCCGGGCGCAGAGCCCCAAGCGUCCAACUCCCAGCCUUCUGGCCCCGCAGCUGCCCACCUGCACGCUGGG